CAGGUGAGUUGUGCACGGAGUUCUACCUAUACUUUUGUACCCCAUUCGCUCUGCCGCGGUUUCCUCGUUAACAUUUUUUCCGGAUGAGGACUAGCGAAACGGCUAUAUUUUGUGCAAAUUCAAGGUAGGGAAAGCAUCGAUCAAGAAGUCAAAUGAAGAUGCAGUAUGUUUUAGUGGGGCUGUCAGUGCUGGCUAGCGUAGUACUCCUGGGACUGAUAAAUGUACGGAAGAAAGAAGUGGUGAAAGAGCAGAAAAACACAUCGUUCCAGUCGACUAAACUGCGUGUGACCUAUGAUGUACAAGGAGAGUACAGACAUGAGUUGAUCAGAGCCCAAAACCUGCUGGACAAGACCAAGGCUUUGGUGAAUAACCUUGGGUCAGAGCUCUCCCAAAUACAGGCUAAAGAGGUACAACAGAAGAAUGACCUAGAGGCAUGUCUGGGACAGAAGAAACAAGCUACUGACAACAUGGGAUCUGUCGAAGAAGAGAUCAGUAAUGCCAAAAAUGAGUUUGAGAAGCAGAAGGUCACCUGGGCGGCACAGGUGACGUCUCUAAGACAACAAGCAGAACAGCGCAGCAAAGUGUGUGACUUUGUGAAGAAGGAGUCGGUAGAAGGCAGGAAUAUGUGUGGAGAUGAACCGCCUAAAAAAGAGGCUGCCCCCAAGCCAGAAGUUCCCAAGCCAGAAGUUCCCAAGCCAGAAGUUCCCAAGCCAGAAGUUCCCCUGCCAGAUGCAGCUAAACAAGAUGCAGCCAAACAAGAUGCAGCCAAACAAGAUGCAGCCAAACAAGAUGCAGCCAAACAAGAUGCAGCCAAACAAGAUGCAGCCAAACAAGAUGCCCCAAAACAAGAUGCCCCAAAACAAGAUUCCAUGCCUGCUGGACCAAAGACGAAAUGAGCAUAGCUGGGUAUCUUUUGUCUUAUCUUUUUUUGUAUACCUUGUUUGUCAGCAUUCCACUUUUAGUAUACACCUUUAAUCUGAAAACCAGGGUUUAACAGUAAAUGUACACUAACAUUCAAAAGUUUGGGGGUCACUUCCUUAUUUCUGAAAGAAAAGCAUUUUUGAC